CACUGUGGCUUAUGCUCUUAUUUAACAAAAGUUAGUUGUAGUGCCAUUAUAUUCCCAUGACUAGGACAAUAUGCUUCCUUCUUUGAAGCAAAGAUUAUGCAUGUCUUUUUCGCGUAUCACCCUUGGAAUGGCUUUUCUUUAAAGAAAAGCUGGCCUUGACCUUCGCUACCAUUUGUUUGUUUUGGAAUGCUAGCCCUCUGAUUGGAUCAUUGGAUCUCGGAAUAGGAUCUGAAACUGGUUAAUAUGCUUAAGAAUGAUGCUAGUCUUUGAAGCAAAUAUGUGCGUUGUCUCAUCCUUGAGUGACAUAAAUGUGUCUAUAUUUUGUCUUUCAUUAUCCUUCUUUCCACAAGUUUUUCCUUUUUUGUUUGGUCAAAGAAAGCUUGAGUCUUUAGUCCUACUCUAUCUUAGUUAUAUAGGAAAUUAAAUUGAGUUUAAGUAUUAUGAGUUUGAUACUUAGCUACUCGAAGUGUUUCUUAAUAGAUCUUUUGCCUGGAAAUUUAGUCUAUUUUACUAUUUCCACCUAUCAAUAACUAGAAAAAUGAACAAAAUAUGUGGCAAGAUGGCCCUCCAAAUGAAAGAAAAAUUGUUACGUUAUGUGAAUAUGCUGUAAAAAACCUGGUUCGGAUCCCAAAGAUUGCGAAGUAUCUUGAAGAAAGGUGCUACAAAGAACUGCGAGUUGAGCACAUCAAGUUCAUCAAUAUUGUGUGGGAAAGGUUUACGAGACUGGCAGCCGAGGCAAAAGCAGCCAAAAUUGAGAGGAACAAUGCACGACAAAUGGAAACAGAAGCAUUAGAGCGGGAACGGAUAGCCAAGCGCAGAUCUGAGAAGUAUAGAGUCGCAGCCUGAAUUGCUGAGGAGAAAGUGCACAAGUUUAGGAUUGCUUUGAUUACGUCUUGGGUUAUGAUUGGGUUGUAUUUUGUUGUUCUCGCAUAAGUUCUACCAUUAAGAAGUAUUGUAGAAAUAUAUUUUUCUUUUGGAUACAUAAACUUCAACAUUUACCUUUAGCAGCCACUUGUAUGAUUCAAAAAUUGUUUUGAAUGGAAGAUUUUGCUUAGGUAUUAUCUUAUUCAUUACACUUCGGCCUCAACUUGCAUCCUUACAGAAUUUGUGAAUGCAAGUUUUAGGUUCCUAUUGAGGGAAAUAAAUCAUUGCCCAUGACUAUGUAUUUAAUUAGGGCUCUUGUUCUAAUAGCCUUGUAAUCAAAGUAUACAUUUCAAUAAAGUUUUGUUCAUUAUUGGAUAAAA